CUGGUCCCCUGUUUGAAUGAGACGCCUCCUGCUCUCACUCAGGCAAACCCGGCGCACCAUCCGCAUUCAUCGCAUCCACACUCACGCUGCGCACAGUUCAGCUUCCGUUGUUCCCCCUUCCCUUCUCCGAGCCUUGUUUCUGCACCGCUGCGGUAACCCACUUGUGUUCUUUUUAAAAAAAAUUUGGAUUCCCCUGGCGAUGUGUUAACCCCCGGGCUCUCCCGAGUUACUGCACAUCAAUGGAUUGGAUACUUCCAAAAGAGGGGAGUGUAAGAUUAUACUAAUGCAGAGUUCCAGAUACUCAUACUGUCACAAUCAAGACCAAUAUCCAUCCCUCAAAUGCAGCACAAAUCCAGCACUUCUGAGAAGGAGCGGCUGAUUUAAAAAGCCGGUUGAGAGCAGCGAGCUAACCAGACCUUCGAGGUUGGAGGAGGCGAGGCAGGAUCCAGGACGUCACGGACCGAUUGCAGGGAAUCCUCAAGAGUGAAGGUGAACAUCCAGAAGUGGUGGUGCAUGUUGGCACAUAUGACAUGGGGAAGAAGAGGAAAGACAUUCUACAGCGUGACUUCAGAGAACUCGGAAGAAGGCUGAAAAGCAGGACUUCCAGGGUGGUUAUCUCCGGUUUGCUUCCAGUUGCUGGAGUGGUCAAGAACAGGGAGAUAAUGGAUCUGAAUGUGUGGCUGAGGAACUGGUGCAGGAAGCAAGGAUUUACAUUCUUGGACCACUGGGGUAUGUUUCGGGACAAUGAAGUUAUGCUUCAUAAUAUGUGUGGCCAACAAUAUGUAAUGAAGAUUAUUAUCAUCAAGAUUUCCUGCACUCCAUUGCGUCCAAUGGCAAAGAAUAUUUAUUUCAUUAGAAUAUUGAUUAUAUACCAGCUUUAAAAUCAUUGUUAGUGCAUGGAUGUAGUAACUUCCAAUUACAGGCAGAAGUAAAUGAGCGACACUUUCACAAUGAUUGAAUGCAACAAUACACUUUUGGAGAGAUGCAUCCCUGAGUUUUUAAAUGUGACAAAUCCGAUUGCGAAUUCAAGCAAGACAAAUCCUCCCAUCUUCAUAAGGAUAAUGCUUGCAAUAGUGAUGAUGUCAAUGAUUGCAAUUGGCCUCCUUGGCAAUGCAAUAGUGUGUUUAAUUGUGUACCAGAAGCCUGCAAUGCGCUCGGCAAUCAACCUGCUCUUGGCCACCCUUGCGUUUUCUGACAUUAUGCUAUCUUUGAUGUGCAUGCCUUUUACCACAGUCACCAUUUUAACAGCUGAGUGGAUCUUUGGAGGUUAUUUUUGCCGGGUUUCUGCUAUGUUUUACUGGUUCUUUGGCUUAGAAGGUGUGGCAAUUCUUCUGAUAAUCAGUGUUGACCGUUACUUAAUCAUUGUGCGACGACAAGACAAACUAAAUACUUACCGUGCGAAAAUAAUGAUCGUCAUUUCAUGGACCAUCUCCUUCUGUAUCUCCUUUCCAUCUGUGAUUGGCUGGACUGCAGUGGAGGUACCUACCCGGGCACCCCAGUGUGUCCUAGGAUACACAGAGAUGGGUGCUGACCGGGUUUAUGCCUUGCUCUUGCUGGUGACGAUCUUCUUCAUCCCUUUCAGUGUGAUGCUGUAUUCUUACCUCUGCAUUCUGAACACAGUGCGAAGGAAUGCAGUGCAGAUCCACAACCAUGCAGAUAAUCUCUGCUUAAAUCAAGUAAGCAAGCUUGGAUUAAUGGGUUUACAGCGACCUCAUCAAAUAAACAUUGAUAUGAGCUUCAAAACGCGAGCCUUCACAACUAUUUUAAUCCUCUUCAUUGGCUUUUCAUUCUGCUGGUUGCCAUACACUGUGUUUAGUCUCCUUUCUGUUUUCAGCAAGAACUUUUAUCACAGUCACUCCUUCUAUACCAUUAGCAUCUGGGUCUUAUGGCUAACUUACCUGAAGUCAGUCUUCAAUCCCAUCAUCUACUGUUGGCGCAUCAAGAAAUUCCGGGAAUCCUGUGUUGAAUUCAUGCCAAAAACGUUCAAAAUCCUACCAAAGUUGCCAGGAAGGACAAAACGAAGAAUCCGUCCCAGUACCGUUUAUAUUUGCAAUGAUCAUCAGUCAGCUGUCUAAAGUAAAUCUUUUUUCAAUAUGUCUUUAGCAAAUAUGAUAAAGUAGAAUAUUUUCCUGUUAUGUACACUUGACAUUUAUUGUAUAAAAACCUGUUCCUAUGAGGACUGGUUGCCACUAUAUUGUAAUUUAUUAAUACUGAUUAACUAUUUGUCAGUGUUCACAAUUAAUGUUAAUAUAAUGACUCUUCUGGUUUUUGUUUAACUCCAUUAGUACCAUUGUGAAAGAUUUUCAAAAAUAUUUUCAUGAAAUAGACUUGAGGUUUUCAGGAUUUUACAUUGAGUAGCUGUGGUAAAAUAACAUUAUGGAUCAGCAUCUCCUCUGCAAAGCACAUGAUUAUUUAUACUUGCUUAGAAAUUAUUGGUAAUAGAAACAGAAAGCUAUUAUACCAUGGAGCUGAUUGACAGUUAGGAAUAGGGUUAAUAUUUAAAAGCACCAAUAGGGAAGAGAAUCGGUGGGCCAUUUGUUGAAGAAUAUGAUUUAACAUGUUGGGUCAUAGAACACAGAACAGUACAGCACCAGCUACAAGCCCUUCAACCCACUCAGCUGUGCCGAACAGAUAAAGCUAACGGUGCCUAAUUAAACUUCAUAUGUUAAUGCUAAAUUGUAAUUUUUUUUCAUUGCUAGCCCAUGGACUCUCUAGAAAACAAACUAUGUUUGAUUAUUUUAAAAACAGAAGAAAUCUCUAGAUGCUGGAAAUUCCAAGCUACGCGCACAAA